AUGCCAUCACCGCAAAUUCGCAUUUCGAAACCUGUGUAUUAUAUGCAAGAGCAUUAUGACGUUGUCGUGGUUGGGUCUGGAUAUGGAGGUGCUGUUGCCGCUUCCAGAAUGGCCAGAACGGGAAAGAGAGUUGCGUUACUGGAAAGAGGCAAAGAGCGAUGGCCUGGAGAAUACCCAAAUACACCCCUGUCAUGUACAAAAGAAACCCAGUUUCACACAAAACACAAGUUAAAAGGCAAGAAGACGGCCAUGUACCAGAUAUACGAAGGCGAACAGCAAGAUGCCAUCUGUGCGUGUGGUCUCGGCGGAACAUCCCUCAUCAAUGCAAACGUCGCCGUAGAAGCGGAUGAUAAAGUAUGGGAAGCAGAAGAUGUUUGGCCACCAGAGAUUGUUGAAGAUUACAGAAAUGGAACUAUAAAAAAAGACUAUAGUCGUGCUGCCGAAAUGCUCGAGCCAUUGACAUAUCCAGAUAGUUGGCCUGUUCUCCCAAAACUCGUUGCGCUCGAAGAACAAGCUCGUCGCGCGGGACCUGCUUUCCACAGAAAUUUCAAACGUGCACCAAUCACAGUUCAUUUCGAGAACCGCGUAAACAACGCUGGAGUUCGACAAAAGAAGAGCACAUUAACCGGAGACGAUUGUACUGGGGUUAACGAUUGGAGUAAAAACUCAACGUUGAUGAAUUACAUUCCUGAUGCUUGGAAUCAUGGAGCAGAAAUCUUUUGUGAAGUUGAAGUAAAAAAAGUCAAGAAGGACUCGAAACGGAAUGUUUGGGUUGUGCAAUAUGAGUGGAUUGGAGACAAUCGUACAAAGUUUGACAAAGGAAAUUCCAACUCACUUCUCUUUGUCACUGCCGAUAUCGUGUUUCUUGCCGCGGGGACUUUGGGCACAAAUGAAAUUAUGUUACGAUCUCGCGAGCAUGGUUUAGAUACAAGCGACAGAUUGGGAAAGAGUUUUGGUGGGAACGGUGAUAUUGUCGCUUGGGCUUACAAUACCGAGUUAUUGUGUAAUGGAAUAAGCAUGGGCUCGCGCGAUCCUAAAAAGUUUCCCGCUCCCGUCGGUCCCUGUAUAACCGGCAUUAUCGACAUGCGCGGUGAAUCGACAAAUGUCAUGGACGGCUACGUAAUCCAGGAAGGCGUCUGCCCGGCAGCCCUAGUGCCAGUCUAUUGGCUUCAAGUAAAAACGCUUGCGAGACUAAUCGGUAAAGCUCCACCUUUACCUUUUUCACGAUCACUACGGAGAAUAAUCCGCGGAUUUAUCACCUUCGUUCGUGGAGCCUAUCAUGGGUCUCUGGCAAACAGUCAAGUCUUUCUGAUUAUGGGUUACGACGCCCAGCAGGGGUGUUUGGCUUUGGUUGAUGACAGACUGAAAAUUUCGUUUAAAAACGCUGGAAGGAAUGACAAGGUUAAAGAGUUGAACAAAGUUUUGGAGAGAUUUUCUCAUGUUAUUAAUGGAACCUUCGUGCCGUCACCGUUGUGGGACAGCGGGAUCGCGGGCCAAACUAUGCUUACUGUGCAUCCCGUUGGUGGUUGUGCUAUGGGCCGUAAUGCAAGAAAAGGCGUUGUAAAUCAUAAAGGACAAGUCUUUACCGGUACAGACUCGGACGGCCAGGAAACUCACGACUCUCUAUACAUUUGUGAUGGUUCCAUUCUUCCAUCCUCUCUCAGCGUCAACCCGUUAUUUACAAUCUCUGCUCUAACCGAACGUAUUUGUCAUCAUGCUGCAAAGGAUAGAGGUUGGGAGAUUGACUACACUCUUCCGAAAAAUCCAAUUGAUUUCAAUAAGCCGUUAGUUGUGCAUGAAGUGGACGAGAGCGUGGCGAGGAAUAGAGCGACACAUAAGAAGGGAACAGCAGGGUUGAUGUUUUCAGAAGUGAUGAAGGGAUGGUUUUCGACAGAAGUUACAAAGCGUGAUGCUUAUAUUGCGGCUAAAGAUCAAGCCAAAUCAUCUCAAUCUCGAAUGUCGUUCCUCUUGACCAUAAUUGCCUGCGACUACUCAACAACUGAUUUAAUCGCCACUACAAGUGCUGAAAUCGCCGGAACCCUCUCCUGUCGUGCACUUUCACCAGAUCCACUGAUGGUAACUGAUGGAUCCUUCCGUCUCUGUGUUGCUCACGAAACAACGGUAGACACGUCUCGGAUGGAAUAUAAGAUGAACCUGCUAACUACAGACGGAAGAAGGUUCAAGUUCAAUGGCUAUAAGGAAAUUACAAACAGGAAUUUCUUAAAGUCCUGGGCGCAUUCGACUACCUUGUAUGUGAAAAUAUCAAGUUGGGAUGAAGAAGAAGUUGUUGGUUUGGGUAUUUUGAAAAUCAACAUUCUAGAUUUUCUAAAACAGUUGACGACUAUGAGGGUUACAGGAGAGAACAGAACUGGGAAAUUACGGGUCAUUACUUCUUUCUUUACUUACUUUGGUGGAAAAGUUCUGGAACAUUACUUCCCCGUCCUUCUGCCGCUCGAAUACCCGGGUGAUCUUAUUACAGAAUAUAAUUUGGUGAAGCCCUAUGACUUACGGGUUAGGGAUGAAGAGUUUUACGUUGUUACAGCUAAGGAUGGAGUUGAUAACCGGUUAAGGAGGUACAAGCUGCGAGGGAGGGAACACCUGGCGCCUGUGUUGUUGGUUCACGGAGCAGCAAUGACACAUGAAAUGUGGUCAACAGAUCUCCUCUCACAUAACGUCGUUGACUUCCUCUUGGACAAAGGAUAUGAUGUCUGGCUAGUUGAUUAUAGGAUGUCGCCAAUAACCAAAGCUUCCCAUAGCCAGUCUACUCUUGACCAGAUGAUCUAUGACGUUGCCGCUGCGAUCGAAAAAGUCAAAGAAGUUUGCAAAGUCAAGAAAAUCGGCGUUAUUUCGCAUUGCGUUGGAUCGUUGGUUGUUUUCAUGGGAUUGUUGAACGGGGAGAUUACUGGUGUUGGAUCUUUGAUUGCUUCCCAAGUGGGAAUGCACCCCAUCCCGGGUCGAGUUAAUAGAAUCAAAGCUACUCUCCGUUUGGUUGGCUUCUAUAUGUAUAUCCUUCGGCAAAAUCUAUAUGAUGUCCGCACAACACGUGGCACAGACUGGUUGAACGGCAUCAUAAACUUCCUUCUCCGGUUCUAUCCUGUUGGCAAAGGUCAAUGCUGUAGAAGUGCUCUAUGCCAUAGAGCAUCGUUAUGCUAUGGAUUAUUGUACAGACAUGAGAAUAUUAGCGAAGCGAUUCACAAUAAUCAAGAUGAAUUCUUUGGAAUAGUAAAUCUAACGACCAUGGCUCAUUUGAUGAAAAUGUUGAAUGCUGGUAAACUUGUGGAUGCUAAAGGACGAAAUGUUUAUGAAUCAGAAGAGAAUAUUCGGACAAGGUUGAAUUUCCCGAUUGCUUUUAUUAGUGGACGGCGGAACGCAGUGUUUAACGAAUACUCAACAGAGAAAUCUUUGAACGUACUUCGUGCGAUUAAUGGUCGGGAUAAUUAUGACAGACUCCUUGUUGACGGUUAUGGCCACCUUGACGCUUGGUGGGCAAAUUCUGCAAAUGAGGAAGUAUAUCCAUGGGUGUUUGAUCGAUUGGAGCUACGAAACAGUCAACCGUUCUUUGACCGGAGCGAAUAG